ACUAUCUAUAUUUCUUAUUUUAUGCUUUUAGCUAGUUUUGGUCGUUUGCCAGACAGUUUAACCUGCUGUUAAUAGUCAACUUUAAUUCCUGCACUAAUAUUUACAAAAUAAAUUAAUAACAUUAUAAAUUCACAAUGGGUAACGAAAGUUCUCUGCCUAUGGAAUUGUGCUCUAACUUUGAUGUGGAUGAAAUUAGAAGAUUGGGAAAACGUUUUCGGAAGCUAGAUUUGGACAACAGUGGUGCACUUAGUAUCGAUGAAUUCAUGUCCUUACCUGAAUUACAACAAAACCCUUUAGUUCAACGUGUCAUCGAUAUUUUUGAUGCGGAUGGCAAUGGUGAAGUAGAUUUUAAAGAAUUUAUUCAUGGUGUUUCACAAUUUAGCGUUAAGGGUGACAAAGAAAGUAAAUUACGAUUCGCAUUCAGAAUUUAUGACAUGGAUAACGAUGGCUUUAUAAGUAAUGGAGAAUUAUUUCAAGUAUUGAAAAUGAUGGUAGGCAAUAAUUUAAAAGAUACACAAUUACAGCAAAUUGUUGAUAAAACAAUAUUAUUUGCUGAUAAAGAUGAAGAUGGCAAGAUCAGCUUUGAAGAAUUUUGUUCGGUUGUUGGUAAUACAGACAUUCAUAAAAAAAUGGUUGUGGAUGUUUAAAUAUUCAAAAAAAAAAAAAAGGAAACAGAAAUAUAAAGUAAUUUUAUGUGGUUUAAUGCUUAAUUCCAUAAAUUCAUAAAUUCAUUAUUAAUAACAAAUUUAUUGGAUAGUUGUAAUUAACUAAGAUCUGUCUAGGGUGAAUUUACAUGAUCAUUAAAAAUAAGUUUUCAAUGAUAUUGAAUUAACUUAUAUGCAAUUUUGUUGUUACUAUGAUCUUUUCCAUGAUGCAAUAUGUAUACAUAUUAAAUAGAUUAUUACACGCUUAAUCUCUAAGAAUUAUGCACAUUAUUACGUGCAAUAAAAAUUUUGUGCCCC